AUGUCGCGACGGGCCCAGAAAACCCUCGAAGUGGCGUUCUCAAACCCUCGAGAGGAACAAAUAGAUUCAAGUAAGAAGUAUUCUAAACCGUGUAAAACUGACCUUGAAAAUACGACGAUCACACUCCUGCGUGAACAGAACGAGUUUCUUAGAGCGGAACUUGAUGAAUUGAAGAAGUCCUUCAAGGAUUCUGUUAAACAUAUUUUAGAUGAAGUUGAGGAACGCGUAUCCAUGUUAUUUGAGAAUUUACGUGAUGAUCUAAAAUCAUCUAUUACGACGUCUGUUAGACAAGAAUUUGAUGGUUUUAAGCCUGUGGUAGAUACUAUUUUUAAAACCAACUUAGGGUCAAUUUUUACUAACCAAACACCUGCUUAUACACCCUCUGAAACUGAUAAACCGUAUCUGCCCAAGUCUCAACUAUUUAAUCGACGUAAAAUUAUUUUACUGGCUGAUGGCAAGGGACGUAAUUGUGUCAAAUUACUCAACGAAUAUCUAUCACACAAUGAAUACGACGUUUCUUCCAUAAUCAAGCCCAAUGCAUCUUUUGAAAUGAUAGUUGCCGAUAACAUUUCGACGGUUCACUGUCAAGACAUCGUUAUGAUAUUUGGCGGAGAUGUAGAAGUAUCAAGUGAUUUUAAUACUCCUAAGUUUGGAUCCGAAUUAAACAAUAACUUCAGUCACUGCCUUAAUAACUUUGUAUCAUUUUGCGGCUUCUGCCAAUAUAAUCAUAUUCUGAACAACUACGACAGUUUGCUUGACCUUAUAUUUUCUACGUUUCCCUGCACCGUUUUGAGAUCUGAUUUUUUCCUGGUACCAGAAGAUCCACUUCAUCCUACAUUAUUAGUCCAUAUUGAUUUGGUACCUUGCAAGAAAAGUAACAAUUUCUGUUUUAACUCUGAUGACGCUGGUUUUAAUUUUAGAAAAGCUGAUUUUCCUUGCCUUUAUGACUUAUUAUUAAAUUAUGACUGGUCCAAUAUAUACAAUUUUAACAAUGUGGAUGACGCCUGUGAACACAUGUACACUGUCUUAUAUUCUCUAUUUGAUUUGUGCGUGCCCAAAGUUGGCUCUUCCAAGAAAACACGACGCAUAUACUCUCCUUGGUUCCACAAAGAAAUUAUAAAAUGUCUUCGACUCAAAUCGGUCAUGCGUAGGAAAUAUGCGAAGACUCAUAAACUGUACUUUCAUGACCAGUUUCGGAAACUUAGAUCUGAUGCUAAGAAACUGAUCACUAACGCAUAUACCGAAUACCUAUUGCAGAUGGAAAAGAACAUUACCCUGGAUCCAAAAAAGUGUUGGUCCUUUGUCCGCUCAAAGAGAGGUGUUACGCGUAUUCCCGGUACAAUGUUUUACAACGAUGAAUGCAACUCUGAUCCUAAUAUUAUUGUUAACUCCUUUGCUCAUUACUUCAAAAGUGUUUUUAUUGACUCUUCACCUCUCACAGACGAUGUUAUUUUCACGAAGGUUAACAACACAGUAUCGGUUACAUAUAUAUCUGAAGAUGAAAUUAUUAAAGAAUUGAAGCGUAUGAAGAACUCUAUGACUUCUGGACCUGACAGCAUCCCAAGUUUUUUAUUAAAAGAUUGUGCCCAUGUUCUCUCUAAACCGCUUUUACAUAUCUUUAAUAUUAUGUUGAAGUCAUCUACAUUUCCUAAUAUCUGUCCGGUACUAAAGAAAGGGGAUCCCUCCCAAGUCACAAACUAUAGGCCCAUAUCCAUAUUAUGCAAUUUUUCCAAAGUAUUUGAGAGCAUCUUGUAUGCUCGUAUUUAUACUUCUGUUAAAAAUUAUAUUUCUGAAUAUCAGCAUGGGUUUAUGCAAGGAAAAUCCACCAUUACUAAUCUAGCAUAUUUCUCUCAGUUCGCUUCUAAUGCGCUAGAUAGAAAUAGUCAAGUUGAUGUUAUAUAUACGGAUUUUCAGAAGGCCUUCGAUCAAAUUGAUCACUACGUCCUGCUUAACAAACUUGAAACCUUUGCUUUCUCUAACUCUCUUCUUGUUCUUCUGAAAUCUUAUCUUCUCAAUAAGCGUCAACAAGUUGUACAUCGUAAAUUUAAAUCUAUAGUUUUUGUCUCAACAUCAGGUGUCCCCCAAGGAUCCAACUUUGGACCCCUUUUAUUUCUAAUGUACAUCAAUGAUAUUACUGACGCGCUGGAACCCUGUAAUAAAUUGCUCUUCGCUGACGAUUUAAAGAUCUUCAUGGAAAUCGUGUCAAUUGCUGACUGUGUCACAUUACAAAAUUGUCUCAAUGUUCUAUCCAAGUGGUGUUGUAUGCGGGAGAUUUUCCACUUCGAAGGAAAAACACACGCUGCUAAUACUUUAUUAAACAUUAUUUUGAGAGAAUACUUGAAGGACGAUUUACAAUCGAACACAACAAAGGAAGGAAUUAAAUCUCGUCCGGCCGUUAAAUCAGCUUUUAAGUUUGUAAUGGCUUACAUUACCUCCUCUUCACUAAUGUUGUUCUUAAUAAUAAACCCUAUCUAUUGUCUAAAAUAUUCCUUGCCGUUCUAUUUGACUCUCUCGUUUUCGCGGGCGCUCACCACCUAA